AUGAGCGAUACAAUUAAAGGCAGUUCGGCCAAUGAGAAUGACACAGUAUCUCGAAAGCGGACGAGUAGCAGGGAUGGUGACGCUCCACCAGCGAAGCGUCGCGUUCUUACUACGGCGCGGAGAGAGCAGAAUCGCCAGGCGCAAAAAGCAUAUAGAGAGCGACAGAAACAAGAGAGGAUACGAUUGAAGCAGGAAAGGGCUCAAGCGAAAGCUACUUGCGGACAGCGCCUGAGACCUCUUCUAAAACGAGAGGAUCUCUCACCAGUAGACUCUUCUGAGCAGCAGAGCUCAAUCGAGGAGAUAUCCUUGUGCGAUGAGAGUCUCUUAGAACCCAUCGACACUUCUGCCAAAAAGCUCGAGCCCAACUUUCCAGACCUUUACAUGAACAUGCUUCAAUUCUCACCAGCAGCCAUCUUCACAUCAUGCCUCACCAACGCGCUCUCCCUUGGCCUAGACCCAUCCGUCAUCGCAAACUGCAGUGUGGAACACAUAUCUCCCUUCUACCAACCCAACCUCUCAUCCACUCUCAACCACGCAGCUCUCAUACAAGCAGGCUCAAACAUCCUCUCAACCUUUGACAACACCAGUAUCCCCAUUCAUCUUCGCCCAACAAUGGCGCAGAUCUUAAUCCCGCAUCACACGAGCCUUGAUCUAAUUCCUAUUCCAUUCCUGCGUGAGCGAGCAAUAAUGCUAUCAGCUGCGAUGCCGCAUGUCUUCAAUAAUUGGGAACUUAAGCUGGAUAUUUAUGAACGAGGCGGGUUGACGAUAUGGCGAUUGAAGCAUGAGAAGGGCGAGAGUGUGAGGGAUACGUAUCCGCCUUGGGAUAUGAAGAGUUGGGAGGCUGCGCCGUGGUUUAUGAAGAAAUGGUGUAUGCUUAUGGGGAGGGAGUACGAUAAGAUGCGCAAUCAGAGUGUUGGAUGGCAGAUUGUCAGGGACUUGAUAAGUUCGAGGGAUAUACAACGAUUGACAACUAGUUAA